AAAAGCUCCAAACCACAUUUUCCCAACCGUCUAACCUCAUUCGAACCCUCUUUCAUCCUGAGAUCCUCACCGAACCUCAAACCCAUAUAGUCAUACCCGAAAUUAACCGCAGGUCCAUCCUUCGCCACCACCUUACCCCUCCGCAAAACGAAGCCCUCCGGCCCCCCAAGCUCCAGGAGCAGCCCCAGCCAAGAUGGCGCUCGACAGCUACUACCACAACAAGAUCGAGGCGAUGCAGCUCGAGAUCCUCAAGGGUCAAGCCGUCCUCCGCCGCCUCGAGGCGCAGCGGAAUGACUACAACUCGAGGGUGCGGUUACUCAGAGAGGAGCUCGGCCUGCUGCAGCAGCCCGGGUCCUACGUCGGGGAGGUUGUCAAGGUCAUGAGCACCAAGAAGGUUCUGGUUAAGGUACAUCCGGAAGGAAAAUACGUGGUCGACAUAGCCGACUCGGUCGACAGCACGAAGCUCACAGUAGGCAAGCGGGUGACGCUGCUCUCGGACUCGUACAAACUUGAGAAGAUGCUCCCGUCGUCGGUCGACCCGCUGGUCUCGCUAAUGAUGGUCGAGAAGGUGCCCGACAGCACCUACGACAUGAUCGGCGGCCUAGACCAGCAGAUCAAGGAGAUCAAGGAGGUGAUCGAGCUGGGGCUGAAGCACCCCGAGCUCUUCGAGUCCCUCGGCAUCGCCCAGCCCAAGGGAGUCCUCCUAUACGGCCCCCCCGGAACAGGCAAGACGCUCCUGGCGCGGGCGGUGGCCCACCACACCGACUGCAAGUUCAUCCGGGUGUCCGGGUCGGAGCUGGUGCAAAAGUACAUCGGCGAGGGCAGCCGGAUGGUGCGCGAGCUGUUCGUCAUGGCGCGCGAGCACGCGCCCAGCAUCAUCUUCAUGGACGAGAUCGACUCGAUCGGCUCGUCGCGCGUCGAGGGCUCCAGCGGCGGCGACAGCGAGGUGCAGCGGACGAUGCUCGAGCUCCUCAACCAGCUCGACGGCUUCGAGCCGACCAAGAACAUCAAGGUCAUCAUGGCGACCAACCGGCUCGACAUCCUCGACCCGGCCCUCCUGCGCCCCGGCCGCAUCGACCGCAAGAUCGAGUUUCCCCCGCCGAGCGUCGAGGCCCGCGCCGACAUCCUCCGCAUCCACAGCCGCAAGAUGAACCUCACCCGCGGCAUCAACCUCAACAAGAUCGCCGAGAAGAUGAAUGGCUGCUCCGGCGCCGAGCUCAAGGGCGUCUGCACCGAGGCCGGUAUGUACGCCCUGCGCGAGCGCCGCGUCCAUGUCACCCAGGAGGACUUUGAGCUCGCCACCGCCAAGAUCCUCAACAAGCACGACGACAAGGAGGUCUCCCUGGCGAAGCUGUGGCGCUAAAUUGCCUGGCUGUUGCUUGGGGGGGGGGAGCACGGAGUUUUUGUUGUGUUGUUCGUUUUCCGGGCAAGGAGGGAGAAUGGAAAGAAGGUGGGAGUGCCCCCAUUGCAGUCCGCUGGACCUGGAAUCUCGUUGGGAGGGAGGAGAAGUAGGGAUGCCUGUCAGUCACAGAGCCGGGACCAGGGCAGACGGGGAGAGAGGGCUGGAAAACUAGCCACGACACACAAUGUAGCAUUGCCUUGUAACAAUAGGAAUAUUUCCAGCAGAUGGGCAGUAAUAGACUCGGGUGGAAUCAUGGUCGAAACGGCACUUCUAGAUCCAUCCAUUCAUCCACCCAUCCAUCCCUACCUACCUCCAUCCCUAUCUCUUACUGUAAAAUAAUGGAC